ACUAUUAAGCGAAGUAGCGCAUUACGCACUGCAGUUAUGUUAGAGUUAUCAUGACGGUUGCUCUUACACUCUUGCAUCACAAUUUCCCGCCCAUUCCUUUUUUCCUAUAUUUCUCUUAAAACUCUCUGUAUUGUCUAGUCCCUUCUCAAAACUCUCUGUAUUGUCUAGUCCCUUCUCCUCUUUGGAGUCCUAAAGAAACAACCAUCGUUUUGCGAGCCAUUUUCGAAAGAUUAUGAUCGUAGUUGCAGCGCAGGGUCUCGUCGAUGGUCCACGGAAACAUAUCUCCGUUGGAUGAUUAGUACAUUUUGUGAAGGAUUAGUCCGAGAUUUGUCCAAAAUCGAGGUAACAGAAAUCUUCGAUCAGAUGUCAAAUGAAGUUGUUCUAGUGGGUUACUGAUGUAACACAAACUAGAUAUAUGGAGCUUCAACAACAGAAAAAACUGCGAGAUGUUCUAGCUGGUUACUGAUAUAACACAAACUAGAUAUAUGGAGCUUCAACAACAGAAAAAACUGCGAGAUGAUCCAACGAGCAGCUAUUGGAGUUUUGGCAGCAAUUAUAAUGUUGGUAGUCAAACCAGGAAGGUCUCCAUCGGAAUUACAGUAGAUGCCUCUGCUAAAAGGAAACCUGCGAAUAGAAAGGAGGAUGCUGCUGCAUUGCAAAAUACAGGAAAAGUAGCUUCUUCUGGAGGGAAAUGCUCAGAAGAUAAAAACAAGGAUCCAGGAGUAGUAGCUGUCUUGAAAGGAAAGCAAGCAAAUAUUCCUGAGCAAGAGAAUUCUCCAUGGGUUUCUACCAGACACUUGCAUGAAGAAACACCAGCUACAGUAACAGAUAACCUUUAUGCUAAUCAAACUUCUGUAAUACAGCCUUCCAGUGUCAUGCAGAAAGAAGUUGAAGGAGCAAAAGAGAAGAUAACAACAAAAACAGUUCAGUUUUUUCCAAACCAGAGCAAUGCUUUUCAGUCAACUAAUGGUGUCACUUAUGGAAGGGCAAAAGGAACCACAGAAUGGGUGGAAGAUUUUGCUUUUGUAACUGCACAGGAAAUUCAUGUGCUAAAUGGAGAAGGAGAAGAAAAAUCAAAUAAAACAGCAAAUAGAAGCAGUGACAUUCUGAGAAUGAAACUUUCUGAGAUAUUAGGAGCUUUUGCUUUGUCUGAUGACCAUCAUUCAAAUUCACAGACUCUUGUGGCUGGUACAAAGAUUUUGAAGCCAGUAGAAGAUUUGAAACAAAAUAAUAAUAAAGAGAACUUGGAUACAACAGAGAAGAAUUUGAGCCCAGUGGGACAUUUGGACCCAAAGGCCUGUAAAAUUGUGAAGCCUAAACAGAGCCUAAAUACACCAGGGGUGAAUCUUAAACCAGUUAGACAUUUGAAUCAAAAGAACAAUGCAGUUCUCAAGCCUAAACAGAACUCAGAUACAAUAGAACCUGAUAGUGAAAGUCCUGAUCAAACCAUCAAGAGACCCAUGACCCGUUCUUUAAGUAAAAAGAAGGCUCCAAGCAGAGCACAGCUGAAUUUGCAGAAUAAGAUUUUAUAUGCUGGAAAUUUGCCACCUUCCCCAAGCCAUAGUAAGAAACAUCAAGAGAACAGUAUUUUUAAUUUUGAUGAAGCAGACAAAGAAAAUGGAAAUUCUGUUGGAUGGUCAGGGAGCCUACAUGGGACUACUACUGCCAGUGACAGCUCUUAUAUGCCUAAUAACAAGAAUAUUAGGAAAGAGAAUAGUAAAGUUAAGCAGCAAAGGAGUCAUUUCUCUAAAAAAGAUAUCCCAAAUAAGAUUCAGCAACCCACUACUAGGAGGAAAAUACCAGUCUCAGUUGAAAGAACAGAGUCACGCAAUAAUGGCAUGGGAGAUUUUUGUGGUUUCCCUCAGAAUGACAGAGAAGGUAUGCAACCAAAGAGCAGAACUGCAGAAGAAGAUUUCCACCAUUUUCUUGUAAGGGAGGAAAGGGAUCAGAGUGAGAGAACAGAAUCACAUGAAAACAGGACAGAAAAUUUUCAUGUUCACCCUCCUCAGAGUAGCAGAGACUAUGUGCAACAUAAGAGUAAAAUUUCAGGAGCAGAUUUCCACCACUUUUCUCUAAGGAAGGGGAGUGAGCAACAAUCAUAUUUUAAAAGUUCACCAUUACUAAAGAGUGCCAUCCCUCUAGAAGAUUUUGGGAAUCCUUCCUUAGAGAAGAAUGACCAACAGAAUGAUUUCCAGAGUCCAAGAUGCAGGAUGGGAACGCCCAACCAAACUUGUUCUUCAAGCCCUCUAUUACCAAGCACUACUCCAACAGAGUGGGGUGUUUUGAGACCUGCAACCGCUGAUAGAAAUUUUAUGGGUGAUGACAAAGAGCAUAACAAGUCACCUACUGGGGAAUUAUCGCCUACUAUGGAAGAGCAUGAUGCAAAAAAUAGGCAAUCUCAAUUAUCGUCUGAAGAGCAGUAUAGUGAGAGCAUUGAUAAAGCUUUGCUCAAAAAUAAAGGUUACAGGGAAAGAGAGACACGAUCUACAAAAUCUAAAGUUUCCAAGACACCAGAAUUCUUGCCUAACCCAACUAAAAGGCUUCGCACCCAAGGAAGCUUUAGAAUUAGCAAAAUCAGCCCUACCUCGGCAUCCUUGAAAGGUUUUGAAAAGAGGAUUCUUGGCCAGGGUUUUUCAGAUGAAAACCAUGGAGAUGGUUUAGCGGGGGCUGUUACUUUAUUUGCAUUGGCUUUGGAAAGAUUUAAAACCAAAAUGAAGUUGCAGACAAGCAAGAAAAGCUCUGAGAUCCUGGCAUCUGUUUCUGAAGAAAUUUGGGUGCAGCUACAAAAUGUUGAGUCUCAGAUUAAGUCAGACUUAGGAAAGUUAACAAAUGCUGGUAACUCUAAGAGGAAACAUCUGGAGUCAAGAUGCCAAGCACAAAAAGAAGGGCUUAAGCUCAUAUAUGAGAAGUUCAAAGAAGAGGUUAAUCAGCAUCUCCAGGUUUCCAAGAGAGAACUUGAAGAACUGGAAGAAUAUCAAACAGAAUUGAAAGGUUCUGUGGAGAGACAAAAAGCAUCACAUCAGAAGCUUCUAUUGCAAGUUGAAGGAGCAAUUAAAACCCAGCUUAGUGAUGCUGAAGGAAGAAUUAAAGCUGUUCACAAGAUGGCGAGGGAAAAGAUGCUCCAACUUAAUCACGCAAUUGCAGAGUGCUUGAAAGGAGCUGAUUUCAGUUGAUGAUUUUUCUAGAAGUCAACAACAAAUUUGAGACUUUCAGCUUGAGGUGUGAAGAGAAUUCACAGGGUUGUAGGUAUGCUUUGAACAUUGUGUCCAGCAUGUAAGCUUUCACGUUUGAAAAGUACCAGUGGGGCACAAUUUCCAAAGCUUACUUUGAUCUGUUCUGUUCAGUUUCUCUCUUUUUGUUGUAGAGGGUCUGUUAGAUUAUUCAGAGUUGUAACAAGGCACAUCAAAUAUAUCAUGAACAGUGUAAUCAACGGUGUACCGAUUA